CGCGGUGUACAACGACGUAACAUUAUCAUCGGUCGUCUCGCAACGGUUGCGACGACGACGGAAUUGCGCGUUUACUCAUCGGUGCUGUGCGCGGUGCGUUCUCGGGAGCUCGCGGAAACUAUUGUUGCCCGCUGCGUGUGUCGUCGCGGGGUGGCAGAUAACAGGGAUUGACGGCGUUACCCACCUACACCACCAACGCACAGGGGUGUGUGCGUGUUGGUUGCCUGGGCGCUGUCUUUCUGCUCCGACGAGUAUUUCCGUCGGAGGUGUGUACCUGCGACUUGUCUUUUCGCUCUCGCACGUGUCGUCGUCGUCAUCGUCGUCGUUGUCAUCAUCAUCAUCAUCAUCGUCGUCGUCGUCGUCAUAGCUACUGUCGGUGUGUAAUCCUUUCUCACGAGCUCUCGCUCUCCCUCGCUCCUUCAUUCGCGUUGUACACCCCUGCACCCCGCUUCUCCCCUUCGGGGUCACGCGCUCUUCGGCCACUCUCGAGCCGAGAGCAAAGGCGCAGCCGAGAAGGAAACCCUCGCGGAGGAAUUCCACCGUCAUCGGAGUUUCGUAGUGCUCGUUAUCGAACGACUACCAACUCCACCCCCCAAUUGUCACGUACGCUAUAAAUAUAUCCGUGCGGCGGUUUUUCCUCACCGGAGUACCAUGCCCGCGCGGAACGUCAAUUAGGACGACGACGACGACGACGACGACGACGAGCGACAGAGCCGCGUGAGUGCAGCUAAGCGACGGCCACCGAGUCUGACCUCGUAACAAACUAGAUGCGACGAGUUGGUCCCACGAUGGAACGGUUCGCGGAAUUCCUGUGUUUCUGUCGACGGAUGGGAAGCGGUUACUACGACAUCGCAUCUUCUACGUCUCCUUCGUCCGCGUCGUCUGCGCACGUCGAGCCCGCUGCAGCCGUCGGCACCGACCCGUCGUCUUCCGCGCAGAAUGCUAAGGUGGAAUCCUGGCAACAGUGGUGGAGAAAUGAGUGCCAGCGCAACUCGUGCUGGGUCUUGCUGUACAGGAUAUUAUCCAAUGAUAUCGUGUACAAGGGCAUUCGAUUCUUCCUUAUGGGUCACAUAAUAUUUAUGACUAUCCUCACGCUGCAACUUCGUGGCUUAACUGUGGGUACCGCCAUUGUUAUGCUUUUAGCGUUGUGGUACACAUGCAAUCCAAUUUUACAUGAAGAUUUCAACAUCGAAAUAAUGUAUUCCAGAUUCCUGCGAUUCAAGCAGAUAGUCAACGAGGUGCUGCACAACAUGGGAAGGUUGCGGGACAAGCAGCCGGGCUUGUUUUGCAUUGCAACUUGUUCUGUGUCUGUGAUUAUAUUAGUUUUGGACCACAUGACGAACGGCAUGCUGCUCAAAUACAUGAUCUUCAUGAUUAUCAUACUGGUACCAUCAAUGGCACUAUGUAUAUCUCCUACUAAGAUUUCUGCGUGUCCUCCGCCAAGCAAUCGUAGAGAAUCGGACAGUGAAAUCGAGGAAUUUUUACCAGCUGCGACCGAAACAAAUAUCCAAAUACUAACAGAAGCAGGUGACGUUGGCGAGUACUCGGCAACAUCUACGACUGCAUUGGCGAAGACGUCGAAAGAAAACGAAGAACAAGAGUUUCUUAACGAUGGCGACCUCGCAGGUCGCAAAAUGCCUUCGCACGAGGACGGCAGUUCAGACGGUCUAGAGCUUUCGGAUUUAGAGCUCUCGGAAAAGAGCUCCACAUCUUCCGGCACCGGUCAAAGUGAUAGCGAGUUCGAGAUAAUUGACCGACAGGAAAUCGGAAAAUUGUGUACGUCACAAAAUUCGACAUAAUAGACGCUCGCGAUGAAACUCGAACAGCCGACAAUUAAAACAUAGUAAUAUGAUUUGAUUGAUUGCCUAUUUCAGCUUUAUAAUCUCUGCUUUAAACUGUUGGGUAAUGCAAAAGUCUUGAUGGAUUUCGUGACAGGAAAAUGAAUUAAAUAAUUUCAUUAAAUUUGAUUUAUUCAUUUUACCCAAUAAUCGUUGUUUUAUUUUUAUUAUUGAACGUGUUAUACAUUUAUAUAUUUGUAAAUGCUGCCACAAAAUAGGGUCAGUCACAUCUUUGAGAAACUUAUGAAAACUUUUGCACUCGCCCAAUACUUUAUAAUGUUACUUUAGUCUCUAUUUAUAUAUUCUAAUUAAUGAUGAAUGAGAAUAAUUUCGCUUUAAAUCUCGAAUGUAACACAACGGUGUAUAUGCGUGUAGAAAGUCUCGACGUAAUUCUCGAUCAUAUAAAUGCGAUGAAACCAAAUUUCAUUCAUUUAGACGGAUAGGUGUACCUGAUACGUGUAUUGUAUGACACCUGACACUCGUAUUACAAUUAUAUUUAUUAUUUUACCAAUAAUAGGAAUAUGUACAUUUGCGAUGUAAUAAAUAUGCACACGUGUAGACACGGUUUAUCUGAAGUCAGUCAUGCGCUUAAUCCAACCUAUGACGGUUAAUUAGCGAUAACAUUAUAGCAUAGGAAAAUAAAAACGAAUAGCAAACAUAUAAUCAAUCGGUCGAUCAAGUAAAGCUCAAUAAUGAACGGGGUAAGAUGUAGUAGCGAGAUUACUACAUUUAUUGUAUUAUAUUAUAUAACAUACGAUAUAUGAAUGCGUGAGGUACGAUCAACGGACUGCACUAGAUAGCGUGAAGAGACGUUUACGCUAAGUGCAUAAGAAUGUGUAUUGUAUUAUCGUAUGUAUUCUGAGAAAAUUAUAGGAGAAAUACCUGAGUGUACAGAACAUGAGCAAGGAUUUCGAGAGAAAGAUUGAGGAUUGGCACGAGAAAAAAGCACGAUAAGGGACCGGAAAUGAAAGCUCUAGAAAUAAGCUAAAAAUAAGAUAAACGAUAGAAUAAGAGAUGAAUGUACCUAAUCAAAAACAGUAACCUAAUCUCGAAUCAUGUAUCCGAUGUCACUAAAUGGCCUGGUUCUCUCCAC